CAAACACACAGAAUCAUGGAUGAAGUACUAGAAAUGAUUGCCGAUGCAGUGUCAUCGCUUGUUGUUGCCAUCACAGACUCUGAGGAGAAGAACACAUUGUUUGGCGACAUGGUACCAGGUGUGGAACUAAUCCAACAGGCAGUGUUUGGAAUGUGUGAGGCAGCUGAUGAGACAUCGGCAUCGAUUGAUGAUGAAUUCAGACCACAGCUGAGCGACACGAAUAAUUCAUUGAGAGGCGCAGCUAAUGAGCUGUUUAGACAUGCAGUGCGCGCUCGUGACGACCCAUGGAACCGUGCACCACAGAAGGACGCCAUCAAGGCUGCCAAGCUGAUCCUGCAGCAGGUCGUGUUGCUGGUGCUCAUUGAGGAGCAGUCCAACAUCAAGACCCUGGUCAACAUUGCCAAGAAGGCCGCCGAGGGUGUGCGCCGCAUUGACGAGAUUGAGAACGUCAACCAGCUCAACGUGAUGAUCAACGACGUCAUCUCGCUCGAGGACGAGUUGGUGCGUCGCUCGCAGCGUCGCUCAGAGGGCUCGCACAACGCCGAGUUCCGCCAGCGUCUUGAGGACCUGGCCAGCGUGGUCAGCACCGUCAGCCAGCAGCAUCAGCAGGCUGCCCGCUCUGUCUGCUCCAACCCCAGCGACCAGGGCGCACGCCAGCGCCGUGGCGAGCUCAGCCACCGCCUGCUCGGUGCCAUCGACGACAUGAUCGAAACGAUCAAGCUGAUCUUUGCCGCCAACACCAAGUUUGUCGACUUGGCCUUCAAGUGGAAGCCAGUGCGCACAAUGGCUGAGGACGAGGUCACCGCACAGUCGGCCCAGCUCAUCAGCAACCUGCAUGCGCUGCCACGUCGCAUGGAGACUGGCCAAGGCCCAGCCGCCGCACGCGAGAUCGUCAACAACGCAAACAACCAGAUCUCCAACGCACAGAUCGUCGCCAAUCGCUGCGAGGACCCAAUCAAGAAGCGCAUGAUCCUCAAGAACAUCGAGGAGCUCAAGAAGCUCACUCCACAGCUGAUCGCCGCCAUGAAGCCAGUGUUGGAGAACCCCAACGACCUCAAGGCUCGCCAGCACCUCGACAACCUCAUCUACGCCACGCAAAAGGCCUCGGAGAACCUGGCCACAUCAGUCAUCUCGACUCCAUCCGAGAUCGUCGCCGCUCACGGCGCAUCGUUGGCUCGCGAGUUUGAGACCCUCGAGGAUGCCAUCCACAAGGGUGACGUCAAGCGCGCAGAGACCAUCGCCAGCAACCUUGGCGCUGCCAUCGACCGCCACAUCGAGCUGGCCACCGCCCUGCUCGACACCAUCCAGGACCCAUCACUGCGCUACCAGGUCCAAAAGUCGAUCGAGAAGCUCAUUGCCCUCAAGCCAAAGAUCCUCGACACUGCACAGCGCUGCAUCCGCAACCCACGCGACGAGGAGGCUAAGCGCCAGCUGGGUCAGCUCAUCAAGGAGGCCAAGGGUGCCAUCGCCGACAUCUCUCAGCCAUACGAGGUUGUGGCUGCUCUCAACAACAAGCUGCACAACGACCUCGACUCGCUGCUCAACACCAUCAACGCCGGUGGCCCGGACAUGCAGUACAAGGGCGUGCAGCACGCCAAGGACAUCGCAGCAGACAUCAAGAAGCAGAUCGAGGAGGCCGAGGCUUACGCCAACUCCAUCAAGGACCCACACCACCGCCAGCAGAUCCUCGACGCCGUCAACCAGCUCAAGAAGCUUACUCCACAGCUGCUCGAGGCCAUCAAGGACGUCUUGGCCAAUCCCAACGACCGCGCCGCCCGCCAGCGUCUCGAGGACCUCGUUCGCCAGGUCAAGGACGCCAGCACCAACCUGGCGAUCGCCACACAGCCAACCGGUGAGGAGCUCAAGAUGCAGCGUCUCAACCGCGAGAUGUCCAUGGCCAAGGUCACCCAGCCACCCAAGCCAGUCGAGGUCAAGCCAGCACCCUCCAAGUUCAAGAUCGAGGGACCCGUCAACAAGGCCGUCUACGUCGCCGCCGAGGAGGUCGCCAACGCACUCGAGAAGAAGAAGCGUGACGACACCCCACUGGGCAAGCUCGUGUCGUUCGGUGAUGACAUUGCCGCACAGAUGGCUCUGUUGUCAUCGUACGCCGCCAAGGGUGACAUCAAGGGCAUGAUCAGCGCUGCUCGUAGCAUCGCCGACGCCAUCAAGGCCGUCAACAUGAACGCUCGCCAGAUCGCCGACAACUGCACAGACCCACGUUUGAAGCAGGCCGUCCUCACCCAACUGGACUGUGGCUCCAACUUCUCCACCCAACUCAAGAUCCUAUGCGCUGUCAAGGCUGCCUCUGACGACGCCUCCACCUCUGAGGAGCAGCUGGUCACCUGUGCUCGUGGCCUGUCCUCGGCAAUCAUCAACAUUGUCAAGUCUGCUGAGGCUGCCUCGAUCAGACUGAAGAAG